AUGUUCCACCUCCGCCGUAUAUCAAAAACGAUAAUAAACCCACGACAGCCUCGUAGAGCGGUUCUCAUCACAUCUUCCACCAAACGAUUCCAGUCGGCAUCCGCUGGGAAGUCUCGCCAAGGACACGACUGCCCGAACUGCGGAACUCCUCUUCCUACGACACUACCUACUUGUACAAAUGUUGGGUGUGGCUACAUUGAGCCAAUUCCAAAGGAGCUUAGAAGCGAUUACUACGCCAUAUUUGGCUUUCCAGGCGUACGAGAUCCGGAACCGACAAGAAAUCCUUUCUCUAUCGACACAAAGGCGCUGAGAAGGCAGUUUCUGGACAUGCAAAAAGUAUGUCAUCCGGAUCGUUGGGCUCAAAGCGGCAAGUCUCAAGCAGAGGCAGCCGUGGAUCAGUCAGCGCAGAUUAAUAAAGCGUAUCAGACGCUUCUUUCCCCGCGACUACGAGCAGAAUACAUCAUUGCGCAACAUGGUAUCGACAUUCGUGAAGCAGAUACUCUGGAGAACGAACAAGAACUAAUGAUGGAGGUCAUGGAAGCACGAGAAGAGUUGGAAAAUGCCGAAGGCGAACAAAUUCAGAAGUUGCUCGCUGCGAAUGAUGAACGACUGCAGAAUAUCACCGCCGAGCUAGAGGAUGCCAUUGGAAAGGAAGAUUGGCAACACGCACGGCGACUAGUCAUUCAACUGCGAUAUUGGGAGUCUUUCCAGCGUGCAGGAAAGGGAAUGGAGGUGGACCAUUAA